CUCUCUCUUUCUUUAUUCUCAAACUGCUCUCCCGUGCUGAGGCUCCGCAGUCAUGGCGCGCCCUCAAUUGAUCUCUCAUCUGUCCUUCGUCGUGCUCCUCCUAGUUUCGACUCUGUCGUCGGCCAAGUCGCUGCGUAGUCGCCAACUCGCGGCCGAGCUCCAGGCGCAGAAUGCGCCAAAGCAGCAGCUGUCCAGGCGCGCGAGCAACACGUCGGACUUUCGCUUCUACAACAACAACACUGCCCCAUACAAUGUUGAGUCGCUGCCGCUCAUCGACUUCGAUAUCGGCGAGUUCUACAGCGGGAUGAUGCCUGUAAAUGACUCCCUCGACGCCGCCAUGUUUUUUAUUUUCCAGCCCCGAGUCGGGGAUCCGGUCGACGAGAUCACGAUCUGGUUCAAUGGCGGACCUGGCUGCAGCAGCUUGGAAGGCUUCCUGCAAGAGAACGGCAUGUUUCAAUGGGCGUGGGGUAUGUACAACGCCGAGAUAAAUCCUUACUCGUGGCCCAAUUUGACGAAUAUGCUGUGGGUUGAAUACCCGCUUGGCGUCGGCUACUCUGGAGACUACUCUCCUACGGCAACCACCGAGGAAGAGAUCGCGCAAGACUUCUUGGGCUUUUUCAAGAACUUUCAAGACACGUUCGGAAUUAAGAAUUUCAAAAUCUACGUCACUGGAGAGUCAUACGCAGGCCGCUAUGUGCCUUAUGUCGCGGACGCCAUGAUCGCGGAGAACGACUCGACCUACUUCAACGUAUCUGGUGCUCUAAUCUAUGAUCCGGAAAUCAGCAACGACUACGUGCAACUUGCGGUUCCGAUCGUGCCAUUCGUUUACAAGUACAACGACUUCCUAAACUACAACGACACGUUUAUGGCGCAGCUCGCGGAUCUACACGAGGUAUGUGGAUACGCUGACUUCAUCAAGAAGUAUUACACCUUUCCACCGUCCGGGCCGCAACCUCCGAAUCUUAGUUUCAACUCAAGCGGACCCGAAGGGGUGGACUGCGAUCUCUGGCAUAUGGCGUACAAGGAGGCGUACAAGGUCAACAACUGCUUUAACGUGUACGAGAUCAACAUCCAAUGUCCACUCAUGUUCGACCCUCUUGGCUUCCCGUCCGAUAUUGAGUAUCUGGCUCCAGGCUUCGGCGAUCACGUCUACUUCGAUCGGGACGACGUCAAAGCGGCGCUGCAUGCGCCAAACACCACGUGGGCGGAGUGCAACGGCAAUGCGUUCAACUCAUCCGCAGCGCCAAACACAUCGUAUGGAGACACGUCGGCGGAUUCCAUUGCCUAUGUGCUACCUCGCGUCAUCGAGACGACGCAGCGCGUGCUCAUCGCGUCGGGUGACUACGACAUGGAGCUGCCCACGCUCGGAACCAUGCUAGCUAUCCAGAACAUGACGUGGGGCGGCAAGAUGGGGUUCCAGGUGGCGCCGAGCGAGGAGAUCAACCUGCAGCUAGAGGAUCUGGCUCUCGUGCAGAUCUACAAUCAGAGCGGGCUGGAGGGCUAUGACGGGUAUCCCGGCAGUGGCCAGGGCAUCAUGGGAACUCAACACUUUGAGCGAGGGCUGAUGUGGGCGACGACAAGACAGAGUGGGCACAUGCAACCUCAAUUUCAGCCAAGGGCGAGCUAUCGGCAUCUCCAGUGGCUCCUGGGUCAUAUCGAGAAGCUAUAAGCAGUCUGUGGGAAUGAGGCUAAAAAGGUGGUUACACGCAUUAUGUGCUGUCUGGCGUGAAGAAAAUUUGUCAAUAAGCAAUGGCUCAGCUUAGAGCCUACGAAGUGUAUGUCAAAACGCGUCUUUCAAGCACACGACGUUGUUGUUGCGGCACCUUUCAGUGAUCUCUUUGCUCAAGCCGUCUUGUCCUCUCGGAUUCCCACCGCUACGCUCGGGUCGCUAGGUUAAAAUGAUUGUCAUUCAACGAGAGCAAGAACGGUGGAGGAGAAAAGUUUGGGAGGUAGGAAAGUCGUGUAGCGAAGGAGCUGACGAGAUCUUUCUGGCUGUUCAACUCUUUUUCUUUGGUGAACUGCCUGGGUCCCAUGAACAACAUUGUCAUAGACUAGCGUUUCCAUCGUGUCUUUCGUAACUAUCCAGGCACCAGUGGAAGCCUCUCCGUCCGAACGCCUUUAUGCC